AUGUACUUCAAACCAGUAAGACGAGUGUUUACGCAAGAUGAUUUAUCGAAAUGGAUUGAUUCAGACACGUAUAACGAAGUGCUCAACUUUAUAACACAGCUUCAAGAAUCCGUCAUCGAUAAAGCCAAUGAUGAUAGCCGGGUGGCGACUUCCCCCAUAAUUACAAAGCUCAUACACCUCAUAGAUGAAAUUUACCAAAUCAUACAACAUCAUCCAGUUAAAAAGGAUAAGGAUAUACUGAGGUUUGGUAAAGUUGAGUUUCGUGAUUUUUACGAUGAAGUGGCACUGAAAUCGACAGAUUUGAUCCAACCUAUAUGUGAUACGGCAUUGAUUGAAACCUCCACUUAUCUUGCCAACUCAUGGGGCGAUCGUACCAGAAUUGAUUAUGGAUCGGGGCAUGAGCUCAAUUUCAUUUGCUUUCUAUUGUGCUUAUACAAACUCGACAUCAUUCAACGUAAUGACUUUUCAGCAUUAAUACUAAAAGUAUUUACCAAGUACAUGGCCACCAUGAGAUGCUUACAACGCACUUACUGGCUUGAACCUGCUGGAUCACAUGGUGUUUGGGGUUUAGACGACUACCAUUUUUUGCCGUUCUUGUUUGGAGCUGCUCAAUUGUGCAAUCACCCGCAUAUGAAACCGAAAUCGAUCCAUAAUGACGAGUUGGUGGAAAUGUAUCGGGACAAGUACAUUUAUAUGGAAUGUAUUGAUUUCAUAAAUAAUAUCAAGACAUCAACCAAUAAACAACAGGAGAAAUUGAGUUUACGAUGGCAUUCACCGAUGUUGGAUGAUAUAUCCGCUGCUAAACUGUGGGGCAAGAUUAGAGAAGGGAUGAUCAAAAUGUAUAAAGUUGAAGUGUUGGGGAAAUUGCCAAUUAUUCAACAUUUCAUGUUUGGUGAAAUAUUGAAAUGCCCUGAGGGUAUUCCCGAACAUCAUGACGACGGAGAGAUAGAGAGUGAUUGCGGGCAUGUACAUGGUAUCGCAAAUACAUGGGGUGAUUGUUGUGGAAUCAAGAUCCCUAGUGCCAUAGCUGCCAGUGAGAGUAUAAAAAGAGCUGGUGUCCCAUUUGAUUAG